AUGCUGCUCGGGAGUCUUUUGGCUCAGUGUGGGAGGUGCCCUCAUAGGUCUUUUCUUAAAUCUGUCUUAAAGGUCCAAGAUGAAUUGGAUGACGACGAGCUGAGAGCCUUGACAUGCAAAAACCAGGAAUUGAAAGGGAUAGGGGCCGCUCUCUCUCACAGGCACCUGGGUUCUGUUCAUUGGAAUUUAGAAGAGACCAUUAACGAACUGAAUGCAACCAGGAAUGAGCUGUCAGCUGCCGAAGAUAAUCUGAAGGUGACCAAAGAAGAAAUGGAGAAGUAUAGACAAGUGGAAGACAUGCAACAUCAGCUUUCAGAGGCAGAGUUCACCUUCCAAGGCCAGAUUGCAGUUCAGGAGAGGAAUGCUGUGGCUAACUGGAUGAAAGCUCGGGAUUGGGAGAGGAGGAUAGUGCAGCAGAGCAGGGAGAACGCCUACCUGAAACACAGACUGCGCAUGAUGAAUGGGGAGAGGCUGUCUGAGAGAUCCAUGAGGCAGGAACAGAUCCCAGGAAGGCCUUGGUUGCAAAAGCCUCUGUGGCAAGGUCGGUACAGGUGUGAGAGUGAUUCCUCCUUGCCCAGGGCCCCUCCGUAUGCCCUACCACGUGGGGCAGAAUAUACCAGGCUUUCCUCCUCCUCCUCCCCCUCCACACUGGGGGACCUGGGGGCCUCAGCCCCACCUCGUUCCUCCACCCCUCGGGCUUCCUUUCCACUCAGAAGCCUGUGCAGCUCCACGGGACAAUAGCAACGCUGUGCCCAAGAAGGUCCCAGAGGAGAACCAAGUAAGUACAGGGGUGUUUUCAGUUGUACCCAUUUCUGGAGUCCUGUUCCUCUCUGGGCUGCACCAUCUUCUCACCUUGUGUCUAUUGGCAUUUUGAAGGUAAACACCAUCACACACAGAUCCUACGAUAUACCCAAUCCUUUAUGCAGAGCUUACAGGCUUCUCUGUUUCCAGAUCAUCACCUUAGUUGGAGCCUCCUGACGCCCCAGGUGCUUAGAGGUGAAGGACAGAGGGCAUUGGCCUCAUGUGUGUGUGUGUGUGUGUGUAAAUAACUUGAGGCAGGUGACAUCUCACUCCAUAGUGAAGUCAGCCAGACUGGUCUCCACAGUCUGGCUGACUCCUUAAAAGUUUGUUUUCCCACGGGAGCAGGAGCAUUGUUGGUUUUGGGGUCAGGAGACGAACCUGGGGGGAUGCCUGUAGUAAUCCUCACAGACAGAAAAUGGGAAAAACCAUGCUGUGCCUUGCACUUUGUGCCAGAUGCUUUGGGCAACCUUAGGUGUUGGUGGAGAAGGUGAGUUGUGACCUCCUGUGCUUUCCAAUUGUGCGGACAAAGACGUGAGCUGGAAUCCCUCCAGUUGGCGCCUGGGUGAGAUGAUGGUGCACGCUGCCAGGUGCAGGUGUGUCUUAGAAACGCCCCCCGGAGCAGCAGCCCUGAAGAGGGAAUCCCGGUGACUCCCCUCAGGGCCCACCCCUCACACGUGUUUCAGUUGUGCUCCCGUGAGCGGGUUCAGAUGGGGUCUGGUGGCUGUGCCAGCUCCUAGUGUCUCUCCCGGCCCAUCCUGGGAGCGUCACAUGUGCUCUCCAGACACACUGGUUUGCACUUGGGGUUGGUGAAUCGGCCCCUCAGUGGUUCUCAGCACCAAGGACUACGCAUUUGCUCUGCGCCUGAGCUGAGGAGAGUCCGAAAGUCGGGGACGCGGAUCCACAGAGCUGGUCUCGCUCACUCGUAGGGGUCGUGCUUCUCUCAGAAAUCACUCUUGCAGGUCCGCUGCAGGAUCCAGUAAUUCCCCUCUCCUCGGUUGUGUCUUUGGCUGUGGACAGCCUUGUGGAGACUAGAAGACCCCCUUGCCAGGGAGGGAAGUAGACAGUGCAGCAGGGGCUAAUGGGCAGAAUUUUGACUCAUGAGGGGCUGCGAUUCCACGUGUGGGCACUGGGCUUCCUAGUACUUCUCGUGGUGUUUGUUCUCACUGAGUAGACAUGACAAGCCACUUGAGCCGUGCUGGACAAAGGGGGCAGAAUGCUCCCGAACACAGAUACCUGCCUGUCUGGAAUACUCUGCUUAUGGGUCCUUUCUUGUGGCAUCUGGCCAAUUGGUAGAAGAUGACUUGACAUCCCGCCUUCUCAGAGAUGGAUGGUGAUGUGUCGCGACACUAUGUUUUUUCCUUCCCUGUUCCCCAGCUGUGUGGUGGCACCAAGUCGGGGGCAAGUUUUGCGGCGCUGGUCUUCCGCUCUCCCAGAUGUUCAGGAACCUGUGGAUGUGAGAAAAUCUCCUACGCCCAGUGCACUGUGGACACCGAGCUCCAUGGAUCUCCCUUCAUGACCAUCGUGAGGCCCUUGGGCACGUACCGCUCCACUCACCCAGGGGUCUCUGGAUCGUGGCCCUGCCCCUACACCACAGGUAAGAUGAUAUUAACCAUACAAGUUGACAUAUAAACAAACCAGAAUUGUCUUCUGCUUUCUUAGUGAGUCAGUGGAGCAAAGGCAGAGUUUGUACUCAGGGCUUGACAUUCAAGGGGAAACUGGGCUGGGGGCAUUGUAACGUUGGAAAUUCCUCAGGACACACAUGCGUGUGCCUGGCUCUUUGCACACACUGAGCACGGGCAGGUGCCAUUGUUGGGAAGGAAAUGUCUCUGUUGCACAAUGGCAGACGUCUCUCUCUUACCAUCGUGCAUGUCCAGCAUCCACCUUUGUUGUUCUGGGAGGGAUGAAACACCUCUCCCUUCAUCUGCGGCGUGUAGGGUUUGAGCUGUCAGUUCAUUAGUUGUAUAAACACCUGACACAGGGCUGUGGUCCCUUCAUGGAUCAUUAGGGUAGGGGUCUGCCCUUGUCCUCUGCAGUCUGAAAACUUGUGGGAAACACUCUUGUGUGGUCAGGGAGGUGAGAAUGAGAAACAGUGGCAGAUGCCGGAGGCAGGUGUAGAGGAUUCGUUGGAAUGUUCCUCAGUCACUUCCGGGGGAGAAGCUUGUCUUUUCUAUGGCGUGGGUCAGAGUUUAUGACCCCCAGUGAGAAAAACUGAACACGGGACCGAGGUCAGCAGAGGGGCUGCCUUGGCCUCAGCCAGAGUCAGACUGUUCCUGGGGGAGUCAGGGCUGACCAGGAGCCACCCUAGCUGGAGCCCUGUCACCAGGCCUCUGUAUCUAUGUCACCACCCUGCCUGCAGCUGUGCACCUCCCCCGGGACUUCAGUCCCAGUGUCCUGCAGAUUUGCCUGUGUUCCAGAUUUCUCAGCCCAAAAACCAACUCUCAGUGGGGCCUUCUCAGGACGUCAGCUUUUUUUUUUUCUAAUCUGUGAAAGGGGGAGCAUACUGGAUUCUGAGGUCACUAGAGCAAUAGGAGUUGAAGUCCAUAAAGAACCUGCAGGGGUCCCUGGGCAGCUCAGUCAGUGAAGCAGCAGAAUCUUGAAUCCUGCUCAGGGCAUGAUCUCGAGGUUCUGAGAUUGAGCCCCCAGCCGGCCUGGGUGAUGAGUGUGGAGCCUCUCUGGGAUCCUCUGUCUCCCUCGCCUU